ACCACUCGUCCGAUCUCAAAACAUCAGAUCAAAGAAACAAAAAGAAAACUAAAGAAUCAAACCAAAGUCAAGUCACUUGAAACACACAACAAUGUCUCUAGUCCCAAGCCUUUUCGGACGCAGGUCAAACGUUUUUGAUCCCUUCUCGCUAGAUGCAUGGGAUCCAUUCGAAGGAUUCUUCACUCCUUCCGCGUUAGCAAACGCAUCCGGUUCAACCGCUCGUGACAUUGCAGCGUUUACAAACGCAAUAGUGGACUGGAAGGAGACGCCGGAGGCGCACGUAUUCAAAGCGGAUCUGCCGGGGCUGAAGAAAGAAGAAGUGAAGGUGGAGGUUGAAGACAAGAACAUACUUCAGAUAAGUGGAGAGAGGAGAAAGGAGAACGAAGAGAAGGACGACAAGUGGCACCGUGUGGAGAGGGCAAGCGGGAAGUUUACGAGGAGGUUUAAGUUGCCUGAGAAUGCCAAGAUGGAAGAAGUGAAGGCGACGAUGGAGAACGGUGUGCUCACGGUUACGGUGCCGAAAGCUCCUGAGAAGAAGCCUGAAAUCAAGUCUAUUGAUAUCUCUGGCUAAGUUGUUGUCUCGAUGAAAAUGAAGAAUGGAUAUUUGGUCUGUGGAAUAAAAGGCGUG